GCAUUAUCGGUUUACAUUGACCAGAUAAAACCGAACUCAUGAACAAAUAGGUAGUAAGCUGUUGUCGCAGCAAUUCGAUUGUUUUAUAUACACGAUCAUUUAAUUCCUCUCGUAAAACGAAAAUGGUGGAUUUUCCCCCGACCUUCGUUGAUGGCUUCCAUGAUGAGAAAAAAAUCAGAAAAAUGAAGUACAAUAAGCUGGGGCCCACAGAUCUAAUGGUUUCAAGAUUAUCACUGGGAAGUGGUGGAUUUAGCCAUUUUUAUGGGGACUAUUCACUGGAAGAAUGCAGAUUGUUAGUGAGGGAAUCUUUGGAAUCAGGGAUCAACUAUAUAGACACAGGACCCUGGUAUGGACAUGGCACAGCUGAAAAAAUUUUGGGCCAAUGUCUUCGGGAUAUACCAAGACAAGCAUAUUACAUUGGCAGUAAAGUUGGGAGAUAUGAAGCUGACCCCAAAUUUAUGUUCGAUUUUUCGGCAGAGAAAACCAGGGAGAGCGUAAAGAAAUCUUUGGAAACACUCGGUGUGGGGUACAUUGAUGUCAUGCAGGUUCAUGACUGUGAAUUUGCAUCCUCCCUGGACAUAAUCUUGAAUGAAACUCUCCCAACCCUGCAGGAAUUCGUAAAUGAAGGAAAAAUACGUUUUAUCGGGAUAACUGGGUAUCCCAAUUCAAUCCUGAAGGAAGUCAUUGAAAGAUCUCGAGUGAAAAUCAGUACAGUACUUUCUUACACGAGACUGACAAUGAUCGAUCGAAGUUUGAAUGAAUUCAUUCCCUUUUAUAAGACGCAUGACAUCGGAAUCAUCAACGCUUCAGUACAUGCAAUGGGACUUUUGACAAACGGUGGGCCUCAAAUAUGGCAUCCAGCCUCUGAUUAUUUGAAAAAGAUUUGUUUGGAAGCGGGUAAUUUUUGUAAGGAAAAUGGGGUUGAAUUGGGAAAAUUGGCGUUGCACUUCGCACUGCUGCAAAAUGGUCCAGAUACGAUACUAACAGGGGUUAACACACGUGCAUUAUUCGAAAUCAAUUUGGAUGUAGUUCAGAAUGGACUGAGUGAAAAAGAAUUACAGGUCUAUGAGGAAGUGAUGAUAAGGUUCUUUUCUGCGCUGGAAGAAACGCAUUGGGAAGGAGUUGAAUUGAAGAAAUUCGCCGAAGAUUCGUACUCCGCUUUUCUGUAGUUUUUGUACCUAUCGAAUACCUUUAUAUUCAUAUUUUAUACGUUGAGAAAGUCAAUAAAGUCCGUAAAUAAUUU